AUGCUCAUGCAUCGCCAAGUCUUGGAGCAGUGUUUGGAGGUUCGGGAGAGCGUCCUGGAGCUCCUGCAGCAUCGUGAAGCCCUGGUGCAGUGCCUGGAACUGCGCGAGGGGGUGCAGGCAGCACUCAGCAGCACGCAGAUCAUUGGUGAAGUAGUGGAUCGCACUUCGGAGCUGGAUCUCUCACUUGCCGGGGUUUCGGACAACACGGCUCGCCACGGUCGAGCAAUUGCCAGCCUGACGGAGCAGCAGCGACGUCCAAUUCUCGGCAGAUGUGCCAAACCAUCCCCUUCUCUCACCUCACGUGACAUUGCAAACUAA